CCCGCUAAUUUAGGCGUUUGCGUUACUUCCCUUUCUGUACAGAUACGUUAGGCAUGUUUCUUGUUUACUUGAUUCUUUGAGAACUGCCUGAUGUUUGAUAGACUGCAAACUCCUUUAAUAGAAGUUUAUUCCUCCCCACUAUGGCAUUUUUGCGUUGAUUAUUUCCCGAACUAAUUCCGAGUUCUAUUUUGAUUUCGCGGGAACAGAUAUAGGAUGAAAUGAAUUGCGAAAGAUGGGAGUGCAUCAUUUUUAGUUGGCUCUCAUCUGCCUGUUAAGUUGCGUUGUUUUCUAUUUACUGACGGGUCUCGUCUAACAGGUUCUUAAGUAUGGGUCACAGACCAGUUUGAUCAUGAUUAACAUUUUCAAUUACCUUGCUCGUAAUUGCUUGAUUAAGUAUUUAUGUUUGUAUCGUAUAAGUUUUUAGUGAAGUUGGUAAUUGAUAAGUUUAUCAAUAUGUCAUCGGAUUCGAGGACUGAAUAGUCUGAGAGCAGUGCAUAACCUAUGAGUGGACGUUUUCGAUGAAUUUUGAACACAACCCGAACUAAUGGUCUCCUUAAUUUGAUCACAGUUAUUUCUGGGAAUAAAAAAUUGUAAACGCUGACGUAGUUGCAGGUGCUGCAGUUGAAUUUUCAGUCUGAUUUGUUGUCCUAUUAGUUUUUUUUAUUAUUAACUAAUCCGGGGAUCCUAAAGUAUUUUUUAGUAUUUAUGGGUUGUAACUCAAUAGAUAAGAUAAUCCUUAGGGAUUUUCAUCCAUCUUAGCCCAAAAUUACACAGUAAAUGUGACGGCGAGUCUAAUUUGUGUACGAAUCAAUGGGACUUAAGGUAGCAAGUCUUGGAUUCUGGCGCGAAGUUCAUCAAUCCAUACGGGUAAUUAAUACAUUGACAUUAUACCUGAUGUCAGUUCGUGAUUGCUUGUUAACCCAAUUCGCUUGUUCAUAAACACUUUCUACUAAAUUACCGAAAAACCUUAAGCACAUAUGACCUUCCAUCCUUCCGUUGUUUAAAAUAGUCUAUUAAGUAGUUUCGGAGCUUAAAUUUUAGUUGAAAUUCACAAUAGUCAGGUACGACCUAAACGAAACAACCUUUGAAAGUCAAUUAGUCAGAAGUACGGAUUUAACAGAGUUGUAUAUUUGUGUAAUAUAACAAAAAUGGAACCAAUUAGUGACAGAACAUUUUAAACAGACUAAUUAAGCUGACUGUUUAUUAUAUUAUUUAUAACUAUUGCUCUACGUUGUAUGGAGAGAUUUGAACAUUUUGGAUUACCGUUUUGUGAUAGGAAACCGGUAGUUAAAAAUCCGACAUAGUAGUGCGAAUGAUUUUCUUUUUUCCACUCUCAAGUAUGGAGCUUUUCAUCUCUGUCCGUUUAGAUAUUUACUUUUACUGUGAACCCUUGUUUAUCCAAAGUACCCUUUCCAAAAAAUUCUGCCUGCAGAUUUGCAAAGUAUGUUAGCUUCAAUUUAUGUGUGUUCUUUUGUUGACUUAUCUGUCUACAGUCGUUCUUCAUCUUGGGCAUUGUUUUCUGUAUUUACGUAAAAGCCGCGUGAGAUAAAAGUGAAAGUCUAAACUAUCAUAACUAUGCUGUAAAAAUCAAGGCGCUCCUGAAAAAAAAUUUCAAACACUACAUACUACUGUAUUAUGUCUCUGUCAAUUGUGUCAUUUUUACAUUGUUGCCAAAUGUAUUCCCCAUGAUAUCUUUAAUACUGAGUUCCAAGUUAAUCACUAGUAUUGUAAAAGUCAUACUGAGUUGUUGCCAUCUACAGCCUUAUUUAUGUGCACGGUCUCAUCCUGUAACUGCUUGAUAUUCUCUGAGCAGAUUUUUGACUGAUCCUUGUUUUCUAAGCUCUAAAGUUCGUUUUAAAUAUUACGUUUUUGUAGAUAUACGGACAUGUAAUUAAAUAUGGGCCGGAAAAGUGCCACUCUUUCUUGUACACCAAGGCGUUCUACUCGACCAGUUAGGUCAACUGAUGAAGUCCAAAUACCUCCUGAAAAUAAGAAAUCGGUUAAUCCAGCUAAAACGUCAAGUCGGUCGACCACAAUCAAGAAAAGUGCUUCCAGUAACAAAGAUGAACAUCUAUCCGCUUUGAAUAAGCAUACAAAAAGACGUAGUAAACGAAUUAGUUCAAGAGUAGAAACACAGAAAUCAAGUCUUAAAGGAACAUUGGGUUUGGAGAAAAAAAAUGAAUUGUUCGGAGACGAUAAAGAGUUAUUGACAGAUCGCCACUUUCAAGAUGAAUGUAAUGACAGCGAUUCAAGUGAUUUCGUAUCCCAGUGCUCAAGUGUUGAAAGACCUAAAAGCAAGAGAAAAGGCAAUUUGCGUUUGUUUUCAGAGUUCAAACCUAAGAAUGUGGCUAAAAAACUGAGUAAACCAUUGAGAAACGUUAAUGUAGUUGAAAAAUUUCAAAGUAUUGUAAAUAAUGAUUCAGACGACGAAACAGAAUGGGUUGAAGUGGAUGAUGAGCCAACUAAUGAAUUAGAUUUCAUGCAUAACCUUUUGAAUUUCAGUUCAAAUACUGUACCUUGCGAAGAUGGAGAAAAAACACCUACAUCACUAACUGUGGCUAUCCCUUUUGAUAGUUUCACUAAAAAACAUUCUAAACAAGAUCCAAAACUUCUCGAGUUACUUGCACUAAAACGCAAACUAAAAGAACAUUACACAUUGAUGCAUUCAGUUCAUGUGUUAUGUUUUCUUGCUCAUAGUCGUGUGAUAAAUCGAACUUGUGACAGUUCCUUAUGUUGGGCUUUAGGUAUUUCACUUUUGGCUAAUACAAAUGCAGUGUACAAUCAAAAAACAAAACAGUUUAUCAGAUUAUCAUUGUGGUCAAUUGAACAUGUAGAAGCGUGUCUUGUUUCAUUGUUGCCUUAUCAAGGAAUGCAAUUAUGUACUGAAAAUAAUUCAUGCGGUGAUUAUGAAUACCAGCUUGUUCGUCGUCUUUCAGAGUCGAAAUCAACUGAAAGUGAUUGUCUCAUACUACUUGUUGCAGCUCUUCGUUCUCUUGGAUUCGAUGUACGAAUAAUCCUUGGUCUUCAUCCAAUACCUUUAUUGCCUAGUGAAACAGCGACCAAAAUGCUUACGUCUAAAAGUAAAGAAAUUAAAAGUUCCAAUAAGAGAAAACAUAAUCGAAAAAUCAUUUCUUCAGAUGAAGAAGAUAUAUUUGAUACCAAUUUCGAUCAUCAUUAUUAUAAUGAGAAUUCAAAAUCCAGCAUUACUCUGUUUGCUGAAGUAUUUCUACCGAAAUUGAAUCGUUGGGUAUGUAUUGAUCCAUCAUCGCCUACAGGUGUUGUGGAUAAAGUGAAUUUCAAACAUGGAUCUUUAUAUGUUGUCGGUGCUUGUUCUGUACGAUCAUCGAGUCCUGAGUUAGUAUCUUAUGUUGGUAGAAAUCCAGUUGACCUGUCUCCUCGUUAUGUUCAGGAUUGGUGUGUUUCUGCUCGUACUCAUCGCAUUCCUGCUGAGAAGUGGAGUAGUUUUCUUGAUAUACAAAGUAGAUUUUUUGAUAAAGAUGCCGUUGAAUAUGAUGCUUUAGUUUCUAAGUUAAAUACAGUCCCAACUUUUCAACGAGAUAAAAAAGAUAAGGAUUCUAUUCAAGAAAAGCUUUUAUCUGAACCUCUACCUAAACGUAUGCAAGACUUUAAGAAUCAUCCGCUGUAUGUUCUCCAACGCCAUUUACUUAAAUUUCAAGUUAUUCAUCCAUCUGAUUCAAUCCCCUUGGGAUAUUUUCGUAAUGAACCGGUUUAUUCUCGUGAUUGUCUUCAUCUUUGUCAUACCAGAGAAUCAUGGUUAAAAGAGGCUAUGACCGUUCGUCUUCAUGAAAAACCCGCGAAAGUUGUUAAAGCUCGUUUAUCUAUGAAACGUAUUCAGUAUAUUGCUAAAAAACUUGGAAUUGAUUGUGCAGAGGCUGUUGUUGGUUGGACAUUUCAUGGUAGUGGUUGGGCUCAUCCAAAUAUAAAAGGAUAUGUUGUCUGUAAAGAGUCUGUACCAGUUCUUAUUGAUGCAUGGCGUACGGAACAAAUGAAUGCAGCAAAAUUAGAGCAUGAAGAACGAAUAGAGCGUGCGCUAAAAAACUGGAAACGAUUAGUUCGUGGACUCUUUAUAUGGCAUCGAGUUAAAGCACAAUUCGCUUUAGCUCCAUUGCAUAAUAAACAAGCUACUAUUGAAAAAUACGAAAAAAACAAAACAAUGAAACAUAAAGAAAUGACUGGCAAAAAGGUUAUUCCAUUGCAUCUUAAAGAAGAGGAAGAGAAAAUUCUUGAAUCAUCAAUUUCUUUAGAUAUCCCGGUCAAAAAUGUUGAAACUGACAAAGGAUGGAUACGUUUAGGUACAGAUGAUAAAGCUCAUUUAUUACCCAAAUUGUUGUCAAUCGCCAAAUCAUGCCCUCCCAAACGUUGUAAUCCUCCUAGAAAAAAGCGUAAUGUAAUUAAAUAUGAAGAAUCUUCAAGUGAAGCAUCGGGUACGGAGAUACCAAGCUCAAAAGAUGAUUCAGCAGAUGAAUUUGUAGAAAAAUUUGAUUCUAGUGAAUAGGAUCUGAAUUAUGCAUUGAACGAUCAAUGAUUUCAAAACAGAAAUUCCAUUCGUUUUAAUUAACUUGAAAAAGAAACACUUAAAUAUUUUAACAAAAUACAAAUUUUUUUUAUGAUUCAUCUUUUACACAACAGUACUCUCAAUUCCAUUAUAUAUAAGUACGCAUAACGCCUGGAGCUGUUGUCUGUUCCGAAUGUGAACUAUCUGGUGAGAUAAUUAUCGGUGCAAAUACUAUUAUUCAUCCAAAAGCUCGUAUAAUCUCUGAAGCUGGCCCGAUACAUAUUGGAUCAUAUAGAUAUAUGCAUUUAUAUUCAAUAGAUCUUUAUAAAUUUAUUUAUUUUUCAAGUGAGAUUUUAAACUGUACUUUCGCGCCAAAUCUUUUUAUUUUAAUCAUGUUUAUUACCUUCAUUUAUAUUCAUAUUUUUCUACAUGUAAAAUGCAUUUUCACUUAUAUUGCAUUACACAUUUGAUUAACAUGUACUUUACGUACAAAGAAAUGCAUUAAAGAAUUUUUUUAAGAAUUUCUAUUUGUAACCGUAUUCUGGACUUGAUAUUUUAUAAAGAUAGUAAUUAAUCUGUAAAUUUUGUUAGUAUUAUCACAUUAAAUAUGUACAGUAUUACU